ACAAAACGUAUUCGCAUGGCUUAGAACUGUCUGUGACGCAUCAGUAAAUUAUUUACUAACUAUUAAUGAAAUAUUAAUUUCAGUUUAUAAACGCUUUAUAAAAGGCGUCUUAUUAAGAGGCACCAAAAGGAUCGGCAUUAAAAACUCCUCCACUCUGUAACACACGCACACACACACACACACACACACACACGCACCAGGAUGCCCUCAGUGACCCUCAGGUUCCGGUUUUCCGCCCCUGCUGUACCGCAACAGUCCCGGUGUCUUACUGGCACGUCUCACAGCCUGUGGAUGGAUUUGACAAACGUUAUUGUAACCGGUGUGACGUCAGUCCGUGAUUAGAGAGAGAGAGAGAGAGAGAGAGAGAGAGAGAGAGAGAGAGGCGGUGUGGACGCUGCAGAUCGCGGCGGAUCUUCAGACCCGGAGGCAGCAGCUGCACCUCCUUCUCCUCCACCUCCGCUCUUCACCACCAGCCGGGCACCGACCAGCCUGUCCGCGGGGUGACAGACCCGGCGGGGAAACGUGCAACAUGCCCUCUGAGCAGCUCCAACCGGACCCGGUGUCGGUUUUUCCACUUUUUGGGGGAUUUACGCGGAGGAGCGGACGAAGACUCCUGAUGGAUCCGAAGCGCAGAGAGCUGUAAGUUGGAGAAAACUUAAUAUUCGGAGCAGAUUUUAUGUUUUGAUGAACAUGCUGUGGUGGAGGAGAUCACCCCGGGCAUCCGCUGCUGCAGCCGUCCGCCUCUGCGCACCCUGAGGCGCCGAAGAAGCGCGACGAGGACCCCGGCAGCUUCACCCGGAGAGUCCGGGGAGGGAAAACAAAAACCUCUCUGCUCCUUAAAAUCUCAUCCACUCUGGAUUUGUCACUUCAGGCUCGUGCGUGGUUACAUAUCCCGGAGAUGCCACCCGUCUCUCGCUUCCGUCCUCCUCUGGGUCGGAUCGGGAUGGAUGUGGCGCAGUGAGGAGGCACCAGCCUGCGGAUAAUCACAGUUUGGACUUUUUGGCUCCCCGUGCGGCUCGCGGCUCUCCCUCAUGCAGCUCAUCCGGCUGGCCUGGGCUCUGACUGCCGCUGCAGUCUGCUUCCUGCUCCUCCUGGUCAUCCACAACCAGAUCCUGAGAGAAGGUCAGCUGGCGGCAGGGACCUGUGAGAUCGUCAAUCUGGACCGGGACAGCAGCCAGCCGAAGAGGACCAUCGCCCGCCAGACAGCUCGCUGCGCCUGCAGGAAGGGACAGAUCGCCGGGACGACACGAGCCAGACCGGCCUGCGUCGACGUUCGUAUCGUCUGGAGUCGACGGUGGUGUGAGAUGUCUCCGUGUUUGGACGAUGAAGGUUGUGAUCUCCUGGUCAAUCAAUCGGGCUGGACCUGCACGCAACCAGGAGGCCGAGUCAAGACCACCACGGUCUCUUGACAGCGGUGGCAAAGACAGACGCCCCCCAGAGAAAGACUGGUUCCCAUCGUCCAUCGCCCAUCAUCGCCAAGCGGAACAUCCGCCACCGCCGCAGCUGCUGAUGACCAAUCACAAGAGCCACAGGGCGAGGCAUCGGCACUUCAUGCUUCAUGCUUGGGUGACCUGUGGAAACUGCAGCCUAAAGUUCUUCUUUCUAGGAAGAAAGUGACUCUUUAUUUUCCAGGAGAUCUGAAUUGAAGCGGAUUGUGAUGAGCUGCUGGAUCGAUUUCUUUAGUUUGGCACAAAACUCUGUUUCGUUUUUACAGACCAAAGAUGAACAGAGCCAACAAUGAGACAGUUUUAGAGGGGCAGAGACUUUCAGAAGCCCCCCUACACCACUAUAACCAUGUAAAGAAAUGAACACAUUGUGAUAUUAUACAGUAAGUGACUUAACUGAGCAAAGAAAAAAUGUAUAUGAGUUAAUGAUAAAACAUGUAUCUGUAUGGGGACGGAUGAAGCUGUUGAUGUUUCUGUUGGGACAGUACAGCUGUUCAUGUGCUGAACAUCAGUCGGGUGGAAAAGGUGAAAAAUCAUAUCAGGCGUUUUUAUGGUAAGAGCAUAUAACAUUGUGCACUUUUAGCAGAAACCUGAAGAUGUAUUUUAAAGAUUAGAGGCAGUCAGCCAGAGCAGGAAAAUCAUCUAACACCUAACCAGGUGAAUGUACUUUUAUAAAAAAACAACAUAAAUUAACUGUUCAUACAGUUACACAGACACUAAAUGAACCUCAGACAAUAACAUUUAUUGUAAAACUCUAUAUUGAGCCUCUUUGGGCCCAUUUUGAUGUUAUUUUAAACAUGAAAAUUGUUUUGUUUUGCAUAUGCUUUCACAUCGAGUCAAAUCAGUUUUAUUUACGCAUGUUACUAGUCAGCUGAUAGCCAAACAACUGAUGAAUGAGCCACUGAUGGCGAAGCAUGAAUGAAAUAGCCACAAUAUGAAACAACAUCCAGAUGAUUGAAUUUAUCAAAAUAUAAAUAACAGAUAUGAUCAGAUAUAUUUAGUCAUACUGGCAGCAUGCCUCAAGGGAUGGCAGCCUGACAGUUGGUCCACCACUUUGGUCCUCAACAACUAUUGGAUAGAUUGCUAUGAAAUUUGGUACAGAUAUUCAUGGUACCCAGAGAAUGAAUCUUACUGAAUUUGGUGAUCCCCUGAUUUUUACUUUAGCGCCACCAUGAGGUUGACAUUUGUGGUUUCAAGUGACAUGUCUCGACGACAGAUUGUCAUGAAAUUUGGUUCAGACAUUCAUGUUUCUCUCAGGAUGAAUUAUAAUAACUGUGGUGAUCUCUUAACUUUUCAUCUAGCACCAUCAUCAAGUGAAAAUUUAAAUAUGUCCAAUACUUACUACUUUAUGACUAAAAUCCUACAAAACUAAUGACAUUUCCAUCAGCCUAAGUUGUAAAUGUAAGCAUGCUAACACAAGCAUGCUAACUAAACUAAGAUGGUGAGCAAGGUAAACAAUAUACCUGCUUAGCAUCAAAAUGUUAGCAUUAUAACUGUGAGCAUGUUAGCAUGCUGACGAUAGCAUUUAGUUUAAAGUAUCGCUGUGCCUAAAGUCUCACAGAGCCGCUAGUAUGGCUGUAGACUCUUAGUGUUGUUGGUAAUUCAAUGAUUUAUGUCACUUCUGAUGAGUUGAUAUAAAUAACAGCAUGAAGUACAGCGCCUCCCAGUGGACAGAUGACAUGUCCACUCACACUAUGUUCAAAAUAUUCUCCAAGAUGUUUGGUAUCAGUGUGCAAAGUUUCUACUUUUUAUCAUAAAAACUGCAGAAUUCUAAGUGAUUUCUGGCUCUUCUCCAUCAGACUAAAUUAUGCAUUAAAUCAGAUUUUACAUUUUCCAGUGCCACAAUUGGACAACAUGCAGCCAGCAUGGUAGAUUUUAAUGAAACAACAAGCAAACCAUUUCACACCAGAAGCCAAGCUGUCAUGUCUGUUUGGGGGGAAAGAAGCAUUAAAUGUAUUUUCAAAAGCCUAAAGUUCUAUAUUUAACAAUUUUAUAUGUUGUAUCUUUGUAGAAAACCUUAUUUAACAUCAUUCUGCUCAUCAUAAACUGGAUUCACAGCCAGCUGCAGAAGUUUGAACAUGGCUGCUGUUCAAAGCUCACUUGCAGUUUCUGACAGUCGUACUGUUUCUCAGCAGGGACGGAGGAAAAGUUUUUAAUACCACUUUCUGAUAAGGCACUCUUUAUAAAGCAUUCAUAAGUUGAAACUAAUGCUUUUAUUAAUUGUUAAUUAAUAAUUUACUAAUGCUUCAUAGAUCAAUUAUAAACUAUUAAUACCUAAACUUUGGUUUGCUAGGUAGAGAAAAAUCCCUUUUGGCUGGUUAUGUCUGUAGUAGUAAGUAGUAUUAGUAAGUCAUUAACAAUGGUUGUUUACAAUAAUCCAUCAAGUAUGCAGUUGUAAUUGUUAAUAAGUUGUUAAUAAGCAACUAUUUUCCAGAAUAUCAGAGACCUGAAUUAAAGAGCUAAAAAGACAAAUCAUGUGUCAUGUUGGAGGAGGAUUUAAACUGUAAAGCAUUAAUAGAUAAUUCAUUAACAUCAAUAUCAGUCAUUAGUUACAACUCAAAUCUUUUUUUAUGAGAAAGUGGCAUUGAGCUUUCCUCCAGUUAUCGUAGGUUAAGUACACCAAAUCCCAGAAUGCAGUGUUUAUGUAGGUCAUUGCCUUAUUCAUCUCGGUCUCCAUCAACCGGAGGAGAUUAAGUCACCGUCUCUGUUUUGAUGCUCUGCCAUUAUGAACCAUAUUUUUCAUUAAACAGAAAACACAA